CGAAUUAAAUUAAUGACUUUUCUAUAAACAGGUCUACAAGCAAGUUAAGCAUUUGAAGAAAACGCAAUUUAAAGAGUGAUGUUCAAACCAGUGUAUCUUUGUGGGAAAGCGUCAAACCUUUAUUUUUUUCAACGGACUGUUUAUAAAAGAAUGUAGGAUCUCAGGUGGUUUUGGACUUAGAAUUUUCCGCAUUUAAUUAUUUUAUUUCUACGAAAUUUCUGAAAAGUACCAAUUUUUAUCUACUCAGACCACCAGUAGGACCAAAUUUUUCAUAUACUAACAUUGUUCGUUCCUUCUUGAAAGAAGCGGCAAACUUCUAAUACCUACUACGAUUCUACAUUCAUUUAUGGAGAGAUUGUAGGUAUAUCUGGACUACUGAAGUGAUUAUUUACAAAGCUGUGAACUCGAAAUUCGUCAGUUUUGAGUCAGCUUGUAUAGUAUUUUUAACGAAUUUAUUUUCAUAUGGUACGGCUCCCCUGAAGAGCAGCAUCUAUUUGAAGAAACAAAUAUGAUUGCCAACGCUUUUCUGUGAAUGGCCCUUUUCCGCUUAAAAAGUGAAAAACUACACCCUGUUUACGACCUCAUCGCUCAGUCAGUUUAAACUACUAUACUUUUUUUCUGUCUGUUUGCUAGUGAUAGAGAUAAACAUAUUUAUCAGUUAGGUAUCCAAAAGAUACCCGUAAAUUCGUAAUUCUGCAGUGUGAAAAUUGCAUUUCAUAAUGCAAUUUUUAUAUGUGUUCUCAAUUUAUGUAUUCAUCUUACCACCCAUAAAAUGUACUGUACGAAACAAUCCUUCUCUACUAAUUUACGAAUUCGUUGAAAUAACAAAGAACCUAACUAAUCUAUUUAGAAUUAUCAACGAUAGUAAUUAUAUAACACAUGAUGACAAAGAAGAACAUGUUUUCACAACACUAGACGUUAUUAACAAUAAGAUUAGAGGGCUGAACCGAUCACUUUAUGGAGAUGAACUGACUGCGAAUGUCAUUGCAAGGGAUUUACCUAUCGUCGACAUAAAAACCAUAGACACUCAUUUUAGUGAAAUGGAAAAUUUUGUCAGACAUUAUAAACAAUUUCCAAAAUCAAUUUUUUUGGAUAAUGCCUACAGAAUAAUUUCACCAAAUGCAAACUCAUCAGUUAUGUAUUUGAAGCGAAGAAUAUACAAACAAAUAACAAGUAUAGAUUUUUUGGAACCGUUUCUGAAAAGAUUGAAGUUCAAUAAGGAUUUCUGUAAUAUACUACAAUCUCCACAACAGAUAUUUUACAAUUUUGUUAAUAUUGUUCUACUAACACAUGGCAAAGCAUUUGUUCUACACCAGACAGCUUACAAUAUCAUAAACCUCUAUGAAAAAUUUGAUGUUGCUAAUAAGAUUCAUCAAAGUCGAGCUGAAUUUAUCAGAGACAUCAACAAUAUAAUAAGAAUGCUAAUAAAGAAUAAUGUUGAAAAUAUAUCCAGAGAAUUAUGGAGAUGUAACCCCGACAAGCAUAUUAGAGGCAAAACUUACUUGGAAAUCACAAAUUUUCUUCAUGGCUACAUAAUAAACAAAAAAAAUUUGGACCCAAAAAAACAAUGCGUGAACGAGUGUGACUCUUUUAAAAUGACAGCAAUUCAAAAUUGUGAUGAUGAUAUUGAUGAACCAUGGUGUUUUAAAGAAAGUCCUUGUUCAAGGAUCAUUAGUUGUACAUAUAUUGAUUCAUCAAUGGACGUGUGUCUUGCUAACGUCCCUAGAGAUAACAGAAGAUAUCACCACAUUGAACUAGGAAACGGAACAUUUUUUGGAACAAACCAACAAUGCACUCGUCCAAAGAUAAAUCUUGCAACUUACAGUGAAUCGUUAAUUUUCAAAUGUUCUUAUUGUUUCUGUUUGUGCGACGAAGGACAGGGAUCCUAUUCUGACAGAUAUAUUAAUUUACGUAUUAGUAUGUCCAACAUAAGUGACAACAGAGUUGUCACCGGCUUAAGGUUCAUUAAGCACAAUCGGAUUGUUCAUUUGCAAGUUCAAGAAGGUAAACUUCUUGAAAAAGGGAAUAUUAAUCCAACAACUGUUCAGUGGGUUCCCCCCGAAGAUUAUAAAAUCACUGAUAGAGACAUUUAUAAAGGACAAGAUUACCAUACAAUUUCUUGGGAAGAACGAACUAUAGAGUUAACUAAAGUUAUAGCCAAAGCUGGAUCAGUUGUAACAGGGGUUAGAUUCAAAAGAACUUUUGGUAGUUUAAACUUACAAGUUCUGACAACUGCAUUCGAUUUCAACACUGGAAAAUUAGAAAAAAAUUCAGAUUCAGAUUGGGGUAUUUUUGAAAGCGCACCAUAUUUCAAUAUUAGGCACAAAUUCAGGCUAAAAGUGAAUUUAAACCCAUCGGACGUUCCUGUUCGCACAAAUUUGGAUUUUACGGAUUUUUCAGAAAAUAUGUAUAUUGAAUUUGCAAAUACAGACUAUCGCAAAGACGCCGGUCAAACGACAAUACCAUUCUUCGACGCUCAGGCUGUUAACAGUACUACUCCAACUCCAUUGUCAGGUAUCGGUCUCUUUCACAAAGGACGAAAAGGAUAUGGAGGUUUUAUAGCACCAAAAAUUAUAACUUACGAUUUUAGUAGACAUAUACUUAACCAAAUAGAUCCCUAGAACAGUGUUGUUAAUUAAUGUAAUUAUACAGAGUAAGUUUUAACUUUACAUUUUAAAUAAUCCCAAGAUUGGCACUAUUUUGACUAAACUUGGUAUACUGGUA